AUGCCAGGUCAGAUCGUUAAAGAGAAUGAACCUGUCUCGGUAGCCAUCGUCGGCGGUGGAAUUGUCGGUCUUGUCCUCGCCGUGGGUCUCCUCGGCCAAGGUAUCAAUGUGAAAGUAUACGAACAAGCCAAAGGCUUCCGUGAAAUUGGCGCCGGAAUCGCAUUCACAGCAAAUGCGGUCAAGUGCAUGGAGCAAAUCGAUCCAGAAAUCGUCACGGCUCUGCGCUCUAGUGGAGCGGUUGCUACCUCUCAAGGCGACGAGACAGAUCCCAACGAUUAUCUCCGCUGGCUGGACGGGUACAGUAAGCUGCAGAAGAAAAACGAUCCGUACUAUCAGCGCUUGCUGUAUAGGCUUGACGCUGGAUAUAAGGGUUUUGAAGGGUGCCGACGCGACCAGUUCCUUGAGUCGUUGGUGAAGAUCAUCCCUCCAAGCGUGAUAGAGUGUCGGAAGAGAUUAGAGACUGUGGAAGAUGAAGGCGAGGGAAAGGUCCGAUUGAUAUUUGCGGAUGGGAGUGUGGAAGAGGCUGAUGCCGUCAUCGGUUGCGAUGGGAUUAAAUCCCGGGUGCGUUCACUCCUCCUCGGAGAGGACCAUCCUGCAAGCCAACCUGGAUACACACACAAAGUUGCUUACCGAACUCUCAUCCCAAUGGAAGACGCCAUAAAGGCCUUGGGCGAGUACAAGGCAAACAACCAGCAUUACCACGUCGGGCCAAACGCCCACCUAAUCCAUUACCCCGUUGCGAACCGAAAAUUCGUCAACGCAGCAGCAUUUAUUUCCGACCCAGAAGAGUGGGAAGAGGAAAAGACCGUCGCGACAGGUGAAAAAGUGGACCUCAUCGCCGCUUUCGCGGGAUGGAGUCCCUGUGUCCACAAUGUGAUCGAACUCUUCCCAGAAAAACUAGACAAAUGGGCUAUUUUCGAUCUGUGGCAGUACCCAGCUCCUUAUUAUAACAAGGGAAGAGUUUGUCUUGCGGGAGAUGCUGCACAUGCAUCAAGCCCACACCACGGAGCGGGCGCAUGUAUGGGUAUCGAAGAUAGUCUCUGCCUCACCACCCUAUUUAAGGAGGUAAAUCGGACUAUCAAGGAGGACCCAGCAUCCAAAGAGCAUGCGUUGAUGAUGGCUUUUGAGACGUUCGACGCUGUGCGACGCACUCGCAGCCAGUGGUUGGUGAACAGUAGUCGGCGGGCAUGUGACUUUUAUCAUCAGCCUGAAUGGGCGGAGAAAGAUAAAUUGGUAAAAGCGCAGACUUGCUUUGAGGAGUUGAAGGAUCGGUCGCAUAAGAUUUGGAAUUUUGAUUACGAGGGUAUGGUUAAUGACACUGUUCAGGGUUAUCGGGAGAAUGUGCUCUUAUCGGAUGGAUCGGGAAGUGAAGUUUAA